AUGAAGACCUCCGUCGCUCUCCUUUCCGUUUCUCUGGCCUCUGCCAUGGCCACGCCUCUUACUCUUCGGGCUCAGAAGUGCAACGUCGCUCCCACCGCUUCGGCCAAAACCAACAUCCAGCCUUACGAUGUUGCCGAGGCCGCCACCGCUGAGGAGUGCCAGACCAUCUGCGAGUCUGAUGAGGCCUGCCUCAGCUUCGUCUUUGGCCUUGCAGCUCAUGCUACUACUCCUUCUUGCCUGCUCUACAAGGUCCCUGCGGCUCAGGUUCCUGCUCGCAGCGACGGCCUUCAUGUCUUUGACAAGGCCUGCUCUGCUAAGCUCGUCCCUACCACAGCUCCUACCCAUGCCCAGCCCUGGGGUGUUGCUCCCAAGAAGGUCUCUGUUCGCAGUGAGCAGAAGUGCAACUGCGCCCCUACCGGUGCUAUCGACAAGAAGAUCCAGCCUUACCAGACUACUACCAAGGUCACUACUGCCGAGGAGUGCCAGACGCUGUGCGAGUCUGGCGACGCCUGUCUCAGCUUCCUGUUUGGCCUCCCCGACAACUGCAGGGCCCCUGUCUGCAAGCUCUACAAGGUUGCGGCUGCUGAGAUCCCCAUCCGCAGCGAUAAGCUUUUUGUCUUUGACAAGGCUUGCCCCGCCAACCUGGUCCCGGUCACCGCUCCCACUCACUCUGCUCCUCGCGGUCUGAUUGCCAGCGCUGUUACCAAGACCACUACCAAGGCCAAGGCUGCCGACUCCAAAGACAUUAAGGCGAAGUCUACCGAGUCCAAGGUCCCUGAGGCUAAGGACACAAAGGCCAAGACCACUGAGACUAAGAACACCGAGGUUAAGGCUGCCAAAGCUAAGGACUCUAAGGCCAAGGCCGCUGACUCCAAGGUCACCGAGACUAAGGAGACUCAGGCUAAGGCUGUGCAGUCCCAGGUUUCCAAGGCUAAGGAUACUCAGGCCAAGGCUGUCGAGUCCAAGGAUACCAAGAACCAGCAAGCCAAGGCCACUAUCGCCUACGGCAAGCCCGCUGCUACCUCUACCAAGUGCCAGACUCAGGCCAAGCAGACUGCCAAUGCCAACACCAACGAGGUCUCUGCUGCUCAGAAGAGCAACUAA